UACAGGCUCAGACACACGUGUUGCUGGUAAUCAGCAUGCACAGCUAAUGUGACACCCUCCUCCUUCCCUCCCUCCUUCUCUCUUCACAUCUCAACCCGAGACCAAACACAAAUCAGUUUCCAUCAAGUAAACACAGCUAGACGUGCACAUACAGCGUGUACCGAGACAGACAACAACAACAAAAAAAGAGAGAGAAUCAACAAGACCAAAAUAUGAAAGCCCACAGGGUCCUCUCUUACCCCCUGCUACUCCUAGCCGCCUGUAUCGCUUUCUGGGCUGUUUCUGCUGUAAGCGGAGGAUUCUGCGAGGUGAACUAUUGUUUGAAUGGAGGGACGUGCGUGACUGAGGUGGACAAUACCCCCUUCGUCUGUGUCUGUGCCGAGGGCUUCACUGGAGACCAAUGCAACACCACCGAGACUGGUCCGUGCCAACCGAACCCAUGCCACAACAACGCGGCCUGCGAGGUGACCAGCAAGAUGCGGCGCGGGGACGUCUUCGGCGAGUACAUCUGCAAGUGUCCCGAGGGCUACAACGGGGUGCACUGCCAGAACAAUGUGAACGAGUGUGCCACACAGCCCUGUAAGAAUGGGGGCACAUGCCAGGACAUGGACGGGGACUAUACUUGCAAGUGCCCCUCCCCCUUCUUGGGGGUGCACUGCCAAAUACGCUGUAUUUCCAUGCUGGGCAUGGAGGGUGGUGGGAUAGCAGAGUCCCAGAUCAAGGCCUCCUCGGUGAACUAUGGCUUCCUGGGGUUACAGUACUGGGGUCCCGAGCUGGCCCGGCUCAACAACAAAGGCAUGGUCAACGCCUGGACCUCCGCCAGCCACGACAAGAGCCCCUGGAUAGAGGUGAACUUGCAGCAGAAGAUGCGUGUCUCUGGGAUCAUCACGCAGGGCGCCAGCCGCAUGGGCACUGCCGAGUUCAUCAAGUCCUUCAAGGUGGCAUCGAGCUUCGACGGGAAGACUUUCACCAUCUACCGGGCCGCGGGCCAGCGGAGAGACAUGGUGUUCGUGGGGAACGUGGAUAAUGACGGCACGAAGACCAACCUGUUUGAGCCCCCCAUCGUGGCGCAGUACAUCCGCGUCAUCCCAGUGGUGUGCCACCAGGCCUGCACCCUCCGCUUCGAGCUCGUGGGCUGCGAGAUCAACGUGUAUUUCAACACGGCAGGUUGCUCUGAGCCCUUGGGAAUGAAAUCCCGCAUGAUCGCCGACAGCCAGGUUUCCGCUUCCAGCGUCUUCCGCACCUGGAACAUGGACGCCUUCACCUGGCACCCGCACUUCGCUCGGCUCGACAAGCAGGGCAAGACCAACGCCUGGACCGCGCUGCACAGCGACCGCUCCCAGUGGCUGCAGGUUGACCUCGAGGCCCCUACACAAGUGACGGGUGUCGUCACCCAGGGAGCGAAGGACUUUGGGAAUGUCCAGUACGUGUCGGAGUUCAAAGUGGCCUACAGCGAUGACGGGGAGUCCUGGACGGUGCUCAAGGACAAGAGCAAAUCUGACAAGGUGUUCCAAGGCAACGUCGACAACAACUCCCACAAGAAGAACAUCUUCGAGCCGCCCUUCUUUGCCCGCUUUGUACGGAUCAUCCCCUGGACCUGGCAUGAGCGUAUCACCCUGCGGAUGGAGCUCCUGGGCUGUGACGAGUAGAGCCCGUUCUCCUGCCCCGCCCAGCGCCAAGCUCCGCCCUGCCAGACCUGCCUGCUAGACUCUAACUCCACACCACCUGCCUAACCUUUCCCUUGCUUGGCACCCUCCUUGUUAGGUUGGGUCUGAAAACCUAAAUGCAUGACCUUUUAACCCUUAUCCUCUGUAGAAACUGCUGUAGCAAAAAGGGUUCUGCCCUAGAGAGAUGCUAUAAACCAAUGCAACUCAUGGUCUCCCACAUGCUUGGUUGUGUUUGUAAAAACAGAUCUGUUGUGAAGGGUGAGAUUCCAAAAGGCAACUGUUCGUAUUGAAGCCAGAUCAGUUUGCAUUGUGUUGUGCACUCAGCAGGAUCAGAGGGGGAUAAGGGAUAAAGGGUUAAAAUACACUGACGUGUUUAUAUAUUCAAGAAAAAGACGAAAAAAACCCAGCGGUGCUUCACUGCAAACAGAUUAUAUGCAGGGAGAGCCCUGACUGAAAUCAACAACAAAGCUUUUCCAAUCCCAGGAGAAAGCAAGCAAAACUUUGAAUUUUAUUGUUAUGUCUUGGUUAGUAAUUCUCUAAUAGCGGGAGACAGUGAGGGCCAAAUUGCGAGCUUCUGCAUACCUAUAUUUUAUAUAUAAAAAAAGGUUAUAUAUAGGUUUUAUGUGCUUUUGCAAAUACUAAAAUUGAUGACAGAGAAUGGUACUGCAGUGAUUCUGUGAUUUAUUGAUUUUGUUAAUGCAUAUUUUACAUAGAAGGAAAAAAGACUAUUCCCCUGGGAUUGGUUGCUGAUUUGUCAGUGAAGUUUUCUUCUUGUGAAGCUGCAUCGUGUAAUUCAAUGUCUGAGUGGAGGUCAGGCAUGUAGAGAUGCUGACGACGUGUGUUGGUAACGCUGGUCCGAUUUUCGUUUUAACAUUACUGGGUUGAUUAGAAAUAAUAGCUGACCCGCCUCCCUCUGCCCGCAGUCACUUGGGCCUCACUCGGUCCCACCCCAUCUCCAGAAUCAACAUGAGACCCAAAGUCCCCUCUCCACUAGCUCAGUAAUCCUGAAGCCCUAAAGGCAGUGCACCGAGCCGUGCGAAGGUGCAUUAUUAAAGAGACCACCCAGUGGGGUGGUGUAGCUGUCCUUCCACCCUCGGGUGUAGAGAGGUUGCAGUUUUAUGUUGAACAAUUGAAUUGAUGUGAAUUAAAGAAUUAAAAAUCCUCCCUCCUGAACUCCUCAGAUGAUCUCUGCAGCUGUGCUGCUUCAAUUUUAAAAUGAGUAAAUCGAUUAAAUCAACAGGUUUCUAAAUCUGCAGAAAUGUGCGAGGAGGCAUGGUACAUGGAGGUGCAGAGGUGUGCUUUAGGAAGGGUGGCAGACUCUUUUAAUGAGAAACAGAGGGGUACAGAUUGGGGAAGGACCUGGGAGUCUCCUACUGAGUUAUAACCAGAGAAUUACUGAAUUAUACUGUAGAGGCAUACAAAUAGUGUUAGUUAGGUACAGAGAGUUGGGGGCUCAAUUUAUUACCAGGUAUAGAAGGAAAUUAAAGUACAAAUAUUUCACUUCUAGAGGUGUACAGAUUUGCAGUAUCUCAAGAAAGGGAUUACAGUGGGAUUGUAAGAUGGUAGUAUGUUGUAUUGUAGAGAUCUGAGAAGCAGUCUCAAGCUUUGUUAAAAUAAGGUCUUAAUAUCCUAGUGUUCUGCGUUGAGUAAAAACCUGCUUCUGUUCCUCUGAGCAUAGCCAUUUCACAGCCAGUAUUCCUGCUUUGUUUCUAUGUCAAAUAAACACAGUUGUAUUUUUUAUUUCACUGAA